AUGCUGCCCUCCGGCACUCCGGAGAUGACCGGAGUCCAGUCAGAGUGUUUUCCAUCCAGCACUACACGCUGGGACCGCUGGCUAAGCACACUCGUGAAUAAUUCGUGCGCUGAGGCCGUCAGCGCCGCAGGCAUUGUGAGGGCUGAGCUCACGCAGGAGCUGCGCCACUCGACCACUGGGUACGGUGAACGUGGACAGGCCUGGGGCGUCGAGAACAGGGGCGGCUGGAGAUCCCUGACAUUCUUCCUGGUUGCCGCCCUGCUGGCCGUUGCCGCCGCCGACAGCGCGCCCUCCUACGCGCCCAGGCCCGCCUACCACCCCCAGCCGGCCUACAAGCCCGCUCCCUACAACUACGACGUCCACGGAUACGGAGACUACGAGCCCGUCUUCAACGCCCAGGAGGCCCGUGACGGCUACGCCACCCAGGGAUCUUACUCGGUUGUGCUGCCCGACGGCCGUACCCAGACGGUCACCUACCGUGUGGAUGACGCCUACUCUGGCACUGUUGCUGAGGUCACCUACGAGGGUGAGGCCCGCUACGACGAGUACAAGCCCAGCUACAAGCCCAGCUACCCUCAGCCGAGCUACAAGCCCACCUACAAGCCCGCCUACGGCAACUAA